AUGGUCUGCGGGAGCCGGGGAGGGAUGCUGCUGCUGCCGGCCGGGCUGCUCGCCCUGGCUGCGCUCUGCCUGCUCCGCGUGCCCGGAGCACGGGCGGCCGCCUGUGAGCCCGUCCGCAUCCCCCUGUGCAAGUCCCUGCCCUGGAACAUGACUAAGAUGCCCAACCACCUGCACCACAGCACCCAGGCCAACGCCAUCCUGGCCAUCGAGCAGUUCGAAGGUCUGCUGGGCACCCACUGCAGCCCGGAUCUGCUCUUCUUCCUCUGUGCUAUGUACGCGCCCAUCUGCACCAUUGACUUCCAGCACGAGCCCAUCAAGCCCUGCAAGUCUGUGUGCGAGCGGGCCCGGCAGGGCUGUGAGCCCAUCCUCAUCAAGUACCGCCACUCGUGGCCGGAAAGCCUGGCCUGCGAGGAGCUGCCAGUUUAUGACCGCGGCGUGUGCAUCUCUCCGGAGGCCAUCGUCACUGCCGACGGAGCCGACUUUCCGAUGGAUUCUAGCAGUGGAAACUGUAGAGGAGUAAGCAGUGAACGCUGCAAGUGUAAACCAGUCAGAGCUACACAGAAGACCUAUUUCCGAAACAAUUAUAACUACGUCAUUCGGGCUAAAGUGAAAGAAAUAAAGACCAAGUGCCAUGACGUGACUGCAGCAGUGGAGGUGAAGGAGAUUUUAAAGGCUUCUCUGGUAAACAUUCCAAGGGAGACUGUGAACCUUUACACCAGCUCCGGCUGCCUGUGUCCUCCACUUAACGUUAACGAGGAAUAUCUCAUCAUGGGCUAUGAAGAUGAAGAGCGCUCCAGAUUACUGUUGGUGGAAGGUUCUAUUGCUGAGAAAUGGAAGGAUCGACUUGGUAAAAAAGUUAAGCGCUGGGAUAUGAAGCUCCGUCAUCUUGGACUGAAUACAAGUGAUUCUAGCCAUAGUGAUUCCACUCAGAGUCAGAAGCCUGGAAGGAACUCUAACUCCCGGCAAGUGCGCAACUAAAUCCUGAAAUGCAGAAAAUCCUCAGUGGACUUCCUAUUAAGACUUGCAUUGCUGGACUAGCAAAGGAAAAUUGCACUAUUGCACGUCAUAGUCUAUUUUUUAGCCACAGAAAUCAGGUGGUAACUGAUAUUACUUCUAUUUUUUCUUUUGUUUUCUGCUUUUCU